AUGUCUGGCUAUGAACCAUGGAAACGACAUCUCGACGAUCUCACCAAAGACGCCAAUUCUUUCUCGCUGGCCUUCAUCCAGAACACGCUCGUGACGUUCCCCGAGGUCGUCAAGAACGCGUUGAUUCAAGAAGUGAGAGAUGCGCGAAUCGAUUUUGCAGUCGAUCAAUCCAUCUUGAAUCUGAGAGAACAGGCUCUCAUCAGCUUGCUAGACGCUGGUGCGCUCAACACGGAGCCAGGCGGUGCAUGGCAGCACGAUCCCACGACCAAGGAUGAGAUGUCUUUUGUGACACUGCGCACUCGUGUGUCCACUCAAAUCGCCGCCUCCACCAAGGUCUGUGGAUCCAACGAGCUCAGACAGCUUCAAGAUCUGGCGCACGAAAUCCAGCAGUAUGCCAACGACAAUCCGGUGUUGACUGGCACAAAUGUCUUCGCAUUCGUCCAAACCCACCAAGAUGCCAUCGUAAAGGGCAUGACUCCAUCCUUGCUCCACAAUAAAUUCACCCCAUUUGUGACGAUGUCGUCCGAUAUCCCCUUAACGAGCUUCAAAGACCCGCACACAUUCUUACUCGGCGCGUGUUGUUCGUCACACUUGACAGCAACGGUGUUCAACUAUUUCGGUGCCUGGGAAGAAGGCCUGAACAAGUUUGAUGCCGAUUAUGUACCGCAGAUGGUCAAGGAUCAUCGGCUCCCAUUCAUUGACAUGUUUCCCUGGCCAAAGAAGGACCCGGCCACCUUUGCCUCUGCUGUAGACUUUCUCCGCAAAUAUUUUUCCAUUGUCAACCCCCUGGUGGUCCUUACCCAUGGACAUGGUGUUUCCAGCACCGCCAUCGGUAACCUGCAACAUCCGCAUGGCCUUCAAAAAGGUGGUUUGCUGGACGCAAUUGGUCAAAUCCAUAUUAGCAACCAUACUUCGUCCACUGUCGACUCUGGAUAUUAUGUAGUGGUACCAUCCCUUCAUCCUGGCACUAUCGCUUAUCGGGGUACCGCUGCCAUUGAUACUACGAAGUCACUGUUCUAUAUGGGGGCAAUGGUUGGCUGGUUGGCGUACCAUGAAGCUCUUUCUCGAUCUCAUUCUACAGACGCCAAGAAGGCUAUCUGUGAACAGAUCGUGACUGCCGCCGAUGCCAAAGUUGGCAAGGACACAGCCUUCGGCAAGCGUCUCGAGGUGUUGAAGGUCAAGCUGAACGCUGAGCUAGCCAACCAGCGUAGAGGCCUGUUGACGAAGGCCGAAAAAUCUGCCCGACUAGCCGCAGCCAGAGCUGCAGCCAUGCAGUUGACUCAAGAGAGAUGGUCAAAGUCCGAUACUGCUCGCCCUUCGGGACAAGAUACCACUGCACUCAAACUCAAAUAUGUUGUAUACUCAGGCGCUAGAGGAGUCAUCAUGGUUACGCCCCUCACUGUUUGGACCCAAGCCCGCAAGGAACUUGAUGUCAUUCUGCAAUCUGGAUUUUGCUUCACUGUUCCCGAGUCCCAGGAGCGUACUGUGGAGGUCACAGCAAUUUACGACAAGCACGUUGCCGCCCUUCAGCACUCAGCUGCAAGCCUCGGCGACAAGACCAAAUUCGUGCAGUUCGCAAAGUCGUCAAAGGUUGUCCGAGGCAGUAGCUACUACCUCUCUAGUGCUACUGUCGACGAUGCAGUCAAAGAUCUCCCUAAUCUCAUUCGGUGUUUCCUCCCCGAUACCGUCACCGAUCCUUAUGCCGCCAAGUGGAGCCGGCAUCCCACGAAUACUAUGCAAACUGCUGCGAUCAAGGCUCUGAGAGCCUGGCUUAGAGAGGGGGCUGCAACUGCCACAAACAAUGAUAACGCAGCUGAUCUUGUGAGUGAUACAUGGGCCGAGCACAUGAACAGGAGAGACCCUGCUGUCUUCUCUCUCAUAGGAACACGCGGAAUCCAGGGUCAUAUCCAGACCAGUAUCUUCUCCACAGACGACGACCUCAAUGGUACGGAGAUCACGAUUAGAUCGCACAAUUCCAAUUGGGACGCCACUGUGAUCAAGCACAGUUUUUCGUGGAUGACAUCCAACGGUACUGUAGCCAGUAUGGACAAUCUUCCUUUGCCACGUACAGCUAUGCCUCAGACUGACCGCGACAAACGAUUUGUCUUCUUCGUUCCCGAAGGUAUCGAUAUCCGGGAUCAGGAUGGUACAUCUAUCGAUGCGUAUGAGUUGAAAGGUCGCAAACAGGCAGGAAAGCAGGCAGGGAAGCUCCGCACUCCUGUCUAUCCUACCAUUUCAAUCGCCACGCUUGUUGCCACUCUUCCUACUCAUCCCCACGGAAAGGAUUUUCUGAAGUUGUGGGAAGAUCAGACUGGACUGAAAGUCGACGAGGCUCUACAGUCCUCUCACCUGCAAAGCAUUGCUCCAUCAUCCGAUCAGGCCUUCAUCACUGCUGAGUACUUCGCUGAAAAUCCUUCCCGUGCUCUACCACUUUGCCAAGAGUACAAUGCCAACGCGAAGAGGGCUGUUCAGGCGCUGCUCCCUGCUUAUCCAGGUGACGGACUUUGGCUCAUGCAUGAAUUCUGGACGGAUGCCUAUCCGGAAGGCGGCGAGGUCCGCAUCACGAACCCGGCAGAGGACACCAGCGGAGAUUCGGUUUAUGACAAGCUGGCAGUCUUCUUGCAAAAGCCACUCUACCGUGAGCAUCCGUCUCUCCUAAGCUUGCGUGCUCUUGUCCAACUAUCCCGCAACGGUGGACUCGACAAGAAGAAGUCAACCUCUACGAUCAAGAGCUCAGCUGACGUACUGAGAGGGUUCACGAAGCCUCUCACAAUUUCUUCCCUACGGGUCAAGAUUAAUGGUAAAUCUGUGGUCACCGGAUUGACACGGUUCUCUAUCAACGCUGUUGCACCCAAUGGUGUUAUUGCAAGCGUUCCACCCCCAGUCUUGACCUCUGCUGAAGUCGACAUCACUGACGAGAAGCUCGACGAAGAGGAUGGAAGUGAGAGGGAGGAGGAUAGAAGCGAGAGGGAGGAGGAAAAUUUCGCAACUCAUACGAAGUUGGACGAGAUGGCAAGGAAGAGACCUCGAGAUGAAAGUGAAGAACGCGAGGUGAGGGACUUGCCAUCUCCAAGCCGUCGUCGCCUGACUUAG